AUGGAGCGGACGACGAGUGAGCUGGUCUCACACGGGGCUGCCCCCCACAUGGGGCUUCUGCGAUGCAUGAUGGAGCGGCGCGGGCGGCGCUCCCUGAAAGGGUACAAGAAACGUUUCUGGGUCGUCAACGAGCGCAGUUGUCGACUGGAGGUGUACCGCAACGAUCAAGAGCACGUGCCUCUGCGGGUUUUCCGUGCCUCCGAUAUUCGCAACGUUAUUUACGCAGAUGACAAGCAGAAUCGAUUCUUCGUCAUGGUCGUGCAAAAUCGCGGUGCCCGUGACAUCAAUUUCCGGAUGAGCAGCUUCGAGGAGCGUGAAGAGUGGUCGAACGCAAUCACGCGCAUCAUGGACACCUACACUACUAUCAACAAACACAGGAACGUCCUGGGUAUGAUCCAGCGACGAGCUAACACGGUGUCGGACGGUCUCGGUGUGAAGAUCAGCAUCGACUCGGCCCGCCUGCUCGCGGAGGUGCCGGACUCGCUGUUGCAGUACGUCGCGGAGGCCGUCGAUAUCUCGCUGGCCAGCGUGACGGCCAUCGUGCGCGCCUACAGCGGCGAGUCCGCGGAUAUGCCGCGCAACUACAUCUUGUACGUGCACGCAAUAACCGACGAGUACGCCGUGGCGGUGCGCCGUGGCCCCAAAUACAACCCGGUAGGACGCACCAUGACGCUCAAUGUGUGCCUCUUAAAGGUAAAGACGGACCGGGUGAGCUUUGUCGUUACACAGCCCGAUGAAGUCUUCCGCCUGGUGCAGUCCAACGUCUUUCGCAACCCUGUCAUCGAGGGCUGGAUCGAAACGGAGCCGAACUGCGCGCGGGCGUGUGCGGACAUCCAGGAGUACCUGGGCGUGCCAUCUACCAAGAAAGGCUGGAUCACCUUUCAGUGGGGCCAGCACGUCAGCGACGGCGCAAAGGUGGAGGCAUUUCUGCAGCGCUUCGUCACCGCGGCGUUCUUUGAAGGAGCGCUACGCAGCGUGCGGGAGGCCGUGGUGCGUGUGGAGCGCGUGAUCGCAGAGGUGAACCUACAGACGCUCAUGCGGAACAGCGCGCUGGGCCAGCUGGCUGCCGGGCAGCGUGACAGCAGCACCGUUUCGGCGCGGCUGCAGCGCCGCUCCAACACAACGACGACCUUCAACGUCGGGGAAGGGGCGACGGCUGCCGGGCUAGGGAAUGCGAGUGUCGUCGCUGCGGGGGCCAGCAUAACGGGGAUGCCCGCGAGCUUCGUACACAGCCGGCAGACGUCCACUGGUGUGCUGGCGGCCAGCGCUUCUGAGGAGUCUCUCGCCGUGAAGCUGAUCCGCGACAAUAUUGCUGGACUGUGCAUCCAACUGGAAAAGCGCGCCGUCGAGGAAGGUCGCUCACCGCCCACGUUCAGCGCCGUUCACACGCCCGACUACGAGCAGCACUGCCGGCCGGCUUUCCUGCUGGUCUCGAAGUUCCGUCGCUGCUUUCCACACCAACACCCUGUCACCGGAGAUUCGCUGAGUGACGGGCUGUACGAGGUCGCCUUCAACGCCUUCUUGCAAAUGCAGCUGAGUCAGCUCCGUACGGACUUGAAUGGUAUUUUUCUUCGCCAGGUGAAAGUUGUUGUCAUGUGGGAUCAUCUUUUCAAAACCGCCGCAGAGCUGCCAAUGUCGCUCACCAUGCAGGAGCUCCCGCACCUUGUCCGCCACGUGCGUGGGGUGUGUCUGUCCCGGCUGCAGCACGUGGCGCAGGUUCUUCGCCACUCGCAGGCACAGUUGGCUGGCCCCACCCUGCAGCUGGAGGAAAACUCGCUCUACAGCAUUUUCUGCACCUGUGUCAGCGCCGUUGUGGUGGACUUUGCGGCGUAUGCGCCGACGGGCCGGGCAAGCGAGGUGCGCAUCUUCGAGCCGUCCGUCAACGCCAGCGUGCUCACGGACACGCUUUACUGCGUCAGAGAGGAGGACACGCAGCGGCUGAUGCACGCCCUCGGCCACAACCACCGCAGCGGCGCGAGCACGGUACGCGUUGGCCCUGCCAUGAGCAGCUUUCACGGCGUCAACUUGUAUGCGGCGGAAGCGAAGUUGGGAGGGUGGUGUGAGAAUUACUUCUCCCUUCCCGAGCACACCACCCCGGCCGCGUUGGCGCAGCAGGUGGAGGACGAGUUUGAUAGCGACUCCGAUGGCGACACCGUUGGCACGCUGCAGCUGGCCGACUUUGGCGAGGCGGUGGCGCACGAGCGCAGCGCCGAAAUUCAGCUACUGACGAUGCAGCGCGUCGUGAACGCCAUCUACGAUUCCCAGCGCCGCGCACCGGUCGAUUUGAAGAUCGGGUCGGAUGACAUUCUGAAGGCCAUCCGCGCCUUUGCCUCCGCCUUUGGCAAGGACAAGCGGCCGAGCAAGCACGACGUGGCGCGCGUGUUGAUUGUGAACUUGCAGAGGCUGCGGCAGAUGUACGUGCGGGCGGUGGAUGAUGAGACGACGUCGCUGCUGACCUGGGCCCAGGCCCGCGAGCUGCUGCGCGACUUCUGCGAAUACGAGACGGACGAGCAGUACAUCGACGACGAGCUGCGGCGGGUGUCGAUCCCAGAGGCGGCGCAGGAGUCCAUGCGGUCCUCCCCACAGGAGCAGCCCAGCGACUCGCACGAGCCGUUCAUGUCCAACUCGUCGGCUUCCGCACACGUCACUGAUGCGGGGCUGCGGCUGGAGGCGACCGGGGAAGAUGGGCGCCUCUCCGCGCUCAACGCCGCCAACACGACCACGAGCAAUAUCCGCAGUAACCCCUCCGCCGUGAAUUCUGACUUGAGCGUCAACAACACCUUUCCACAUCCGGCAAAAUCAACUCAUUUGCCGCACCGAUUGAACGGCGCGCAGCACUCGACGGUGGCACGCCGGCGGCUCUCCGUCACCAGCAUGCGUCACCAGCCCGUGCAGGAGCCGCCCAACCCCGAAGCAGCGGCAGCGGCGGCAACAGCCGCUUCCACCCCGGCGUCUGCUGCGUCAUCAACUGCACCCGCCCCGCUGCGCAUCACCAAUCCCUCCGCCGCACCAGAGGCAUACGAUUUUGCUUGCAUUUCCGAGGUGGCGCUAACGAAGCUGCUUCCGCGCGAGGCCCUCCUUGCCCGCCUGGCGUGGCGCGUGGGCUUGGUCUUCGGCCUCGAGAACACCGGCAAGUCCCUCAUCAUUAACUCGAUGCAGGGUGUUGCCCGGCCCACGGUGGCGACGGUGGGCAUGUCGCAGCGUGUGGUCGCCUUCGAGGAGUGGGUGUGGGCCCUCAACGAAUUGGGCGGUCGAGAGAGUUUUCGCAGCAAUUGGCGCUACUACGUGCUCCGGAUGGAGCAGGUGCACUUUCUCAUGUUUGUCGUGGACGUGCGGAACGAACAGGGGUUUCGGGAGGCUUACCUGUACCUGAAAGAGGUGACGGAGCACUACCGCAGUGUGCCGCUCGUGGUCCUCUUCAACAACUUCCGCGAAGGCCAUCGCCGCUUCGACAUAAAAGAGUUCGAAGCCCUGAUCAACUUACAGAAGCUGCGGUCGCGUCAUGAGGCGGAGGUCCUCUCGUGCGUGUGCGACAUCACCGUGGUGCACUCAAAGAACCGACGGCUCCCACCCGCGCUGGAAACGACGCUGCGACACCUGUCCAGCUUGCUCUUGUCCCGCUCUCAGCAGAAGCUGAAAGACGCGGAGUUGCCAGCGAAGCCGAAGGCGGCACCAGUCUCAGCUUGUGGCAGUGCGGUGGGCGGAGGUUUUGCGAUGAGCGGGCUUGGUAGGGCGGGCAGCAGCGUCUCUUUCGCCCUAACACCGCUCCAACCACGACAAGGAAGCACGAGAGCCACAUAG